GCCAUUUUGUAAUUUUGGACAUGUCGACUCGUUUGCGAAAACGAUGGUCCAAGCAAUAUUAUUACUAAAAGAGUAACCUAAUGUAGGAUUAAUUAUUUAGUAUUUAAAUUACAAAAUGGAUAUGUCGGAAGUAAAAUCGUUCAACGCGGAGUUAUCCGGGUUGUACGACAACAAACCUCCAAUAUCGAAGGCGAAAAUGAGUGCUAUCACCAAAGGUGCUAUAAAAGCCAUCAAAUUCUAUAAACAUGUAGUACACAGUGUAGAAAAGUUUAUACAAAAAUGCAAACCAGAAUACAAAGUUCCUGGUCUUUAUGUGAUAGAUUCAAUAGUGAGACAGUCUCGGCAUCAGUUUGGACAAGAUAAAGAUGUAUUUGCACCACGGUUUGCUAAGAAUAUGCAGCAGACAUUUGCUAACCUAUUCAGAUGCCCUCCUGAAGAGAAGCGCAAUAUAAUAAGAGUAUUGAACCUAUGGCAGAAAAAUAAUGUAUUUAGUCCACAAGUGAUCCAACCUCUCCUAGAUAUGGCUGAUCCUAAUCAUCCGCUUCAUCAAGAAAUUCAGCAACAACAAAAUGCAGCUAAUGGUAGUAGUUUGAACAUAACUCACAAUUCAGAUAAUAAAAUAUCACCAAUGCCAAUUGCCCAACAUACACCACGUUCUUCCACCCCUAUGGGUGAUCAGUUCCAAGACCAGCCAUCUGGUCAGUCAAACCUGAAGUUUAACCGCAAAUUGCUGAACGACUUUGAGUAUGAGAGUGAAGAUGAGCCACCGCCCGAACCAGCGCCCGCUCCCGCUCCCGCGCCCUCUCACUCACAUAAUCCUGCUGACGCCCUUGGAAGUAUACUGACAAAUCCAGAAAUAAUGAGACAGUUACAGAGCUUGCAAGCUCAAAUGCAACUUAUGACUGGAAUGCAAAUACCUAAUUUAAUGCCAAUGAUGACAGACAUGCAGUUGCAACAAAAUCAGAACCUACCUUUUUUGAAUUCACAAGAUCAACAGAAACAGAAUGAACAGAAAGAUGACAUGGCAAAUGAAUCAGAUAUAGAGUUUGUGGAGACUGGACCUCAAGUCAUAGAGAUACCAGAUGCAAAUGAUUCAAGGUCUCCGUCGCCGAAGUCUCGUCGUCGCUCUCGGUCUAAGUCGCCGCGUCGCCGUCGUCGCUCUCGCUCCCGUUCACGCUCGCGCUCUCGCUCACCAAGACGACGCCGCAACCGCGACAGAGACCGAGACAGGGACAGGGAUAAAGAGAGAGAUAGAGAUAAACAAGUUUAUAGCAAAGAAAGAGAAGCAGAGAAAGAAAAGAACAGGGAAAGGGAGAAGAAGGGGCUACCACCAAUGAAGAAAGAAAAUCUUAGUGUGUGCAGCACGACGCUGUGGGUGGGGCACCUGUCGAAGCAGGCGACGCCCGAGGAGCUGUCGGACCUGUUCGGGUCGCUGGGGGGCGUGGUCUCCAUCGACCUGGUGCCGCCCCGCGGCUGCGCCUUCAUCGUCAUGGAGCGCCGCCGCGACGCCGUCAAGGCGCUGCAUAAGCUCAACAAGCAUAAGCUGCACUCCAAGGAGAUCAUGGUGGCGUGGGCGCCGGGGCGCGGCGUGAAGGGGCGCGAGUGGAAGGACCACUGGGAGGCGGAGCUGGGCGUGUCGUACCUGCCGUGGGCGGCGCUGCACGCGCGCUGGCAGCUCAACGCGCUCUCGCUCGACGCGCUCGAGGACGGCGGCGCCGUCGACGAGGACACGCUGCCGCCCUGGCUGCCGCCCAGGAUCCUGCCGAAAGCGAUGCUGGACAACAUGGGCAUGCUGGGUGGACUGGUGCCGCUGCCGCCCGCGCCUAUGGCCAUGCCGCCCGUGCCCAGGAUGCCCGCAAUGCCAACAGGUAUACCGCCAGGGAUGCCACCAGGCUUAGCCCCUGGCAUCAGACCUCCGAGUUUACCUACAGGCCUUCCAGGAUUGCAACCUGAUGCUGGUUUGACUCCCGGAGGUCCUCUGUUACGGUUCCCUCACGGUAUGCCGCCACAGACGAUACCCCAACCGGGCAUGGUGGGCGGUUUCCUGAGUGGGCUGAUGGGUGUGGGCGUGGGCGUGGGCGGACUGGUGGGCGUGGGCGGGUUGCCGCUGCAGCUGCCCACCAUCUCUACUCCUCCGCCCAAUAUACAGCAACAACAGCAACAAGUGCAGCAACAACAACAGCAGCAUCAGCAUCAGCAACAACAACAACAACAGCUGCGUAUAGAACCUCCCAGCGACGACGCCAUGGACCUGGACACUGAAGACAACCACGAAUCGUCCCUCACAUCACCGCCGCUAUCCGAACAGCUACAAGCCCUCCUAUCGAAACCUCCGCCAGUCUUCAACGCAUCAGAACCGCCACCUGGAUUCAAUAUAUCUGAACCGCCCCCGUUCAAUGCCUCCCAACCGCCACCAGAAGACAAACAGGACGACGACAGGAAGGAGAGGGACAGAGACAGGAGGGACAGGGACAGGGAUAGAGACAGAGACAGGAGGGAUAGAGGGGACAGAGAUCGGAGGGACAGGGAAAGAGGUGGCAGAGAUAGAGGAGGGCGGGAUAGGGAUAGAGAUCGAGAUCGUGAUAGAGGGGGUCGAGAUAGGCGCGACAGAGAUCGCGAUAGGGACCGAGAUCGAUUCUCAUCUAGAGAUAAUAACAGGGAACGCAGCAAAGAAAAAUCACCGCACAGAAGUGCAGAACCGGGUCAAGAGAAAUCCCUACAAGAACGCCUGUGGGAGAUGGCGAACGGGAAACCUGCCGCGAGACAGGAAGAUAAACCGAGGGAUGACUUCCUGGAUAAGGAGGAACCGCGAGAAGACUUGAGAGUGGAACGACCACCGUUGCUGGACAGGCCACCACCUAUGCACGAGGUAGUAGCGGGCGCGGGCGGGGGCGGGGCGGCGGGCGCGGGGGGGUGGACGCAGCUGCCGCCCAGGAUGCCGCCCCCGCAUCUGGCACCCUUCAGAGCCGAGUUGAGAAUGAGAGGGCCACCUAGACCGGGAAUGGCAGGUAGGAUGUCAAAAAAACAACCACCCUCGAUCUCAACGGAUGGAUGGACCGCCUCGCUUCAAUGGCAUGGGCCCACCUUUCAAUAGGCCUCCGUUCGAGAGGCCACCUUUUGAUGGUCCUAUGUUCGAUGCUCCGCCGCGAUUCGAUCGACAACCGUUUAACAGAAUGCCGUUCGAUGGGAUCAAUCGGCCACCGUUCGACGGCCCGCGGCCACCGUUCGACGGUCCGAGGCCUGCAUUCGACGGACCGAGGCCGGCCUUUGACGGACCUAGACCCGCGUUCGAUGGACCGAGGCCUGCGUUUGACGGACCGAGGCCACCUUUCGACGGUCCUAGGCCACCUUUCGAUGGCCCAAGGCCACCUUUCGACAGACAGAGACAGUUCGAAGGAGAGCGACCUUUCGACGGCCCACCUAGAUUCGAAGGACCGCCUGAAUUCUUCGACAGAAACAAUAGAAGGUUUGAAGAUCGAGAACAGUUCAACGACAGGGGAUGGAAUGGCGACCGCGACAGGGACAGGGAGUGGGACAGAAGGAAUGAAUGGGACGACAGAAGAAGGGACAGAAGGAAUAGAGAUCACGAAGACAAUAGAUUCAGGGAGCGUAACGACAGGAGGAGGAAUUUCGACGACAGAUCCCGACCACAGAGAGAUUCUGGACCGAGGGAUGGACCCAGGGACGGAUCUCGAGAUGGACCUAGAGACGGAUCAAGAGACGGACCAAGAGAGGGAUCUAGAGAAGGUUCUAGAGACGGUCCCAGAGAUGGAAUUAAGGAUGCCCCGAAGGAUGCUUCUAAAGAUCACACGAGAGAUAAUUCCAAGGACACGCCGAAAGAUAUCUCCAACGAACCGCCCAGGGAGGAACGCAACUCUAGAAGGGAUAAAGACAGAAAGUCUAGAUGGGGUGCCGCCGAUGAAACUGUUGCUCAAGACCAAGAACCAGUACAAGAUAAUGUAGAGAACCAAGUCGGUAAUGAUGAAAAUGUCCCUAGCGAAGUGACGGAACCUAGUCAUGAACAACAAAUGGUUAAGAGGAGAUUCAGUUGAGAUUAAUAGAGUGUCCGAACCAGAACACAACCAAGAACAAAUACAGAUGCAUAAGAACGAUAUCAGCAGCGAACAAGAAGCUCAUUCAGAUGAAAAGAAUUAUGAAGCGAGAGAUAGUUUCGUGCAGGAAAGUAGCGAACAAAGCUAUCGAGAAAGCGAAUCUGCUUUACCUGUAGAAAGCGAGCCUAUUCAUAACGAUAUUUCUGACAAAGAGCCAGUAGGCGGUCUAUAUGAUGGCAACGAAGCUAUAGACACGAGUUUCUCGAUGCCGCCGCCUUUAGAGGACAAUAUACCUACAGAGCCGGUAGUGAACCACGAGAUUGAUGAGAACGUAAAAACUAUCGAUAUGUUCGAUGAAGUGAAAGAAGCCAAAACAACAGAGGAAACCGAACCG